AUGAGAGUCUUCAGGCUAGUCUUCCUUGUGGUGUUUCUUGGAUGGCUCAUGAGUUGGAUUAUGUUGCCGACAAAGUUAUACAAAAAUAGGAGGACUCCCAGUGCCAAGCUAGACAGCAAACUUAAUUCAACAUAUUUUGCAGCACAAGGUUGUUUGAUUGCCAUCGCUAAAUUACUGCACAAAUCUUCUGCUCUUUUCUUUCCCUGUCGUUUUCAUAGCUGCCUUAGGGUCUGUUUAUCUCCAUUUACAGAAGAAGCUGGAAAAGCCAAACUCCAAAAGUGUUGUUACAAGAAAUCGUUUGUCCUUCUUAAGACGUCCAGCAAUUGUGAUGGCUCCUUUGGAAUUGUGACUGCAAUGGAGCUUGCUUUUGCAGCCAUGUUUAUUGCACUCUUGAUCUGGUCUCUUGCCAACUACUUGUAUGUCAAUUUUGGUCAUCUCUACAUGCAUAAAGUAGGGGAGAAAGUGUGGAAAGCUAAGUUUCGAAGUGUGUCAUUGAGACUUGGAUAUGUUGGAAACAUAUGCUGGGCAUUUCUCUUCUUUCCUGUCACACGAGGAUCUUCGAUUCUGCCUCUCGUUGGGCUUACAUCUGAAUCCAGUAUCAAGUAUCAUAUCUGGCUCGGUCAUCUUUCCAUGAUUCUUUUUGCUGCACAUACCGUCGGUUUCAUCAUAUACUGGGCGAUGACUAAUCAAAUGGCUCUGAUGCUGGAAUGGAGCCAAACCUGGGUAUCAAAUGUUGCUGGAGAAAUUGCAAUUGUUCUUGCAUUAGCAAUGUGGGUGACAAGCUCUUACCGUAUGAGGCUUAAAGUGUUCGAGGUUUUCUUCUACACCCACCAACUAUAUAUUCUCUACAUAGUCUUCUAUCUAUUGCAUGUUGGUGCUGCCUACUUCUGCAUGAUAUUGCCUGGGAUCUUCCUCUUCAUCAUCGACCGAUACCUGAGAUUCUUACAGUCACAGCGACGGGCAAGAUUAGAGUCAGCUCGUCUCUUACCUUGUGGUAGUAUCGAGCUGACUUUCUCCAAGAGUCCAGGGCUGUAUUAUAAUCCAACAAGCAUACUUUUUCUAAAUGUCCCUAGCAUUUCAAAACUACAAUGGCAUCCUUAUACUAUAAGUUCAAGCUGCAAUAUGGAGCAAGAUAAGCUAAGUGUAGUUGUCAAAAGACUGGGAAGUUGGUCCCAAAAGCUUUACCAAGAAAUUUCUUCUCCGCUGGAACGUCUUGAAGUAUCUGUUGAAGGACCCUAUGGACCUGCUUCAUCUCAUUUUCUAAGGCAUGAGUUGCUGGUUUUAGUGAGUGGAGGUAGUGGCAUCACUCCCUUUAUAUCCAUAAUCCGCGAGAUCAUGCCCGAAAGCUCCAAACCGAACUGUCAAGUUCCUCGAGUCCUUCUUGUUUGUGCAUUCAAGAACGCAGCUGAUCUUGCCAUGCUAGACCUCUUGCUUCCAAUCAAUGGCACACCUGCAAACAUAUCCCAAUGCAGCUGCAAAUUGAAGCCUAUAUCACAAGAGAGGAAGAGCAGCCUAUCGCAGAUAACCUAA